AUGCCAUUAGACAGUGACAAAACUGAUUCUGUCAUUGCAAAAUUAGUUCAACAGCAGAAAAACUACAAUAAACUUUUUUUAACCAAAGAAAAAUCAGCAGCAGCAAUAACGGUAAUAACUGAAACAAACAUAAAUUCAGGGACAAACAAUAUUGUUGGUGAGAAUAGCGGCGGCAACAACAACAACAACAACAGCAACGACAACAGCAACAGCAACAGUGUUAGCGGCAAUUUAUUUUUGCAGUUUUUAAGAAGCUUACCUUUUGUGAAUUUAUUAUUUGUAUCGGUCACUAAUAGUAACAAAAAGGAAAUGCAACCAACAAGGACAUCAACUACAGCAGCAGCAGAAGCAUCAUCAAAGGCUUCCACUACUGUAGAAAAGCAAAAAAGACAAUCCUCCGUUUUGGAGUUGAAUGUUAUCCAUGAUGAGGAAAAGCAUCUAUUUAUGAUUGAAAUUGAUAAAAAUACAACAGCUGCAUUAUGUUACCUACCGACAAGGGUCGAGGAUGUUCUUGAAGUCUAUCAUAUAGAAAUACCAUCAAUUUAUCGGAAUAAUGGUCUAGGAGAUAGACUAGUAUGUCAAUGUUUAAAAUGGGCAGAGCUUCAGCAUAAGCUCAUUAUACCAAAUACUCAUUUCAUGAAGCAGUAUUUAACAGCAAACGAAGUCAAACAAAAGUAUGACCAUAUUAUAGUGAAAAAUGAAGACGAAGGCAGAGCACGGAUGAAACAAGCCACGACGUCUACCUAA